UAGUGAGACUGUCAGAAUUUAACAAGCCUGUAAUUAGAAAUUGUAGUCCCAUCUCCAUCAUUAGGAGCAUUCUAGGUAUUGAAAGCAUACGAGGGCAACAGUCAUGGUGGCAACUAACGGCUAUCGAUACUUAUAUUUGACUUUAUUGAUUUGUUAGUUUAUCAUUAUUAAUAAUUAUUUAUAACAAUAGUAGUAAUAAUGAUGAUGAAUUGUACUUAUACAGCACUUUUCAAAACCCAGAGAUGCUAACAAUAUUCAAUAAUGCAAAACAGGGCACCAAUAUUUACAAUGCGUGCAAAGUGAUGACUGAUAAAGUAAUGCAGAAUACGAGUCAUAUACGGAUAAAGCAAAAUGAACAGGGGAAAAAAGCAGAUUGGUGGGAACUAGAAACUUUGGGAGAACCAGAAGGUUUUAAGGUGAGAUUUGUAGACUGGGAGAGACGGGGAGUUACAGAUAUCAGAAGGAAAGCCAUUCCUGGGAAGUGUGAGUCACCACAGCUCUGUUCUGGGUGUGGGUGGUAUUUUCUUGGCAAACUUUGCCCCCCUUAGUACCAAUUGAGCAUUUUUUCGAUUGCCACAGCCUAGCUGAGUAUUGUUGCUGGCCAUGUCCAUCCCUUUAUGACCAUGGAGUACCCAGCGUCUAAUGGCUGAAAAAUUCGCAGCAACUGUAUGACACUAUCAUGUCAACAUGGGCCAAAGUCUCUGUCAAAUGUUUAAAGCACCUUUUUGAAUCUGCCACAAAGCAUUAAGGCAAAAGGGGGCCCAACCCGGUACUAGCAAGGUGUAUGUCUCACUAAGUGCAGAUGGCUUGACUGCAGACCCAAUACUCCAGUUUCUUGCUUUGCAGGCACAGUUUAUUUAUAUUCUGUGAGCUCAAUUCAGUAUUUCAUAGGCACAUUAAACUAAAUUCUGUGGACAAUUUAGUACACUGCACACAAUAGAAAAGAAAAAACUGUCCAUGGCCACUUCAGGGUUAAAGUAAUUGUAUUUAUAUAGCACUAUUAAAAACAACCAGUGAUUGAUCAAAGUGCUUUACAACAAUAAAACAAUAUAACUUAGGUUUAACUAAGUAACUACCAUGUAAUGUCAUACAGACACAUACAUAUCAAAUACUGCUGGCCAGAUAGUUUUUGACUGUACACACACAAGCUCCAGUUAGUGUAUCUUGCCUGAUGGCUGAAUUCUCUCUCAUGAAUGGUUGAACAUCACUAAUCGCUCUCCUUUUCAGAAAUAUCACACACGCAUUUGGUGUCUGUCAUUGUGGAGGCUCUCCAUUCAUUUCAAUGGGCAUAACCCUAUUCCCAACUAUGAGAACCUUAACCAUAAAUAACCAAACACAAUACAAGACUUUUGGCAUUUUUAGUUUUUUAAUUGUAUUCAUAGAUUUUUAUAAAAUUAAGUUUCCCCUUGUGGGGACCAAAACAAUAUCCCCACAACAUCAAAAUAAUGUUAUCAUACUGUGGGGACAUAUGUUCCUCACAAUGAAUAAUAAUACACCUUGCCCAUUUUGCUUUUCGUGACACAGAGACACAUGGAUGUGAGUGAGCUUGGCAGUGAAGGGCAGCCACCUGCAGCAGUGUCCAUGGACCUGGGGGUUAUGGGCCUUGCUCCAGGGUCCAUGGACAUGUGACUGUUCUGCUGAAGUCGGGCUUGAACCGGCACCUUCCAAUUGCAGGAACUGAUAUGACCCCCCACACACAUACAGAUUAUAUACAGUUAAGUAAAGCAAAUGCAGGGUCAGGCUAUUUAUCUGCUGACCCUGGAACACUUAGUUUGACUUGUGUUAAUGAAACCAGAUCUGUGCCUGUUUUUUCAUAUACCACCACUGCCUUUAACUAGGGCUUAGUAACAUGAUAAAUUUCGGCGACGGGCUACUGGACUGAUACCAAUAAAAUUUAUGAAGUGGGGGGGCUGGCAAUGAAGAAAAAAAUACAAACUUUAUUUUAUAAUAUCCCGAGAAUCACCUCAUCCCACAUUUUGAGAAUCGCUGACCUGCACAAUGUUCCUGAGAAGUUUGCAAAAUGAUCCACAGAAUGCAUUCAGAUGGCAGAUGGCUUUGUUCACAAGAUGGUAGCCUGCAGCCUCAGUUUUGGGCCUUUGUUGCCAUCUGUUGCUGCAGCUACAAUUGUGGGAUGAUUUUGGGUCUCUCAGGUAUAGAUUUUCAUCCAUAUAAUGUUUUGUGAAAUGGAUAAUAUCCAUUAAAGAUCAAAUAGAGUUAACAGAGUAAUAAUAACAAAUGGAGUUUAUCCUGUUCACAAGGUUAAGCAUCUUAUCUGAAUCAUCCUUCCCUUUUCUGUCACUAAGUGUUGCUUCAAUUUUGGAGCAAUUGUUCCAGAUCUUGACCUUUAUAACAUGCCUGCAAAGGCUGGGAAAGAGCUGUCAAAUAUUAUGUUAAAAGGAUCAAUUGUGUGAAACAGCCCUUUUCUUAUCAAAACAAUACCGCUCACAGUAUGAAAUGGCUGUAUUAACAAGAAGACCAAAUUCAACUAUUGAUCAUUGUGUGGUUAUGGUGCAUAAAUAGUUUCUCAAAUUUACAAGCAAACAGAGUGGGAAGUAACCUGCAUACUUCUUUCUACUGCCUUCCUUUUAUAUCUGUGGUUCUCCUGAGGCUUGAUGGAGAACCUGUCAUACACUCAGAUGCUCACAAGGUGGCAGCAAAAUCAAAUUCACUCAGUGCGCAAUAUUGCAUCGUGAUGGCCCGAAGGGUAGGUGUGGGAGAGAGACGUGUUUCACGCCUCUGAACACCAAUAGUUCCAACAUUUUGCAAAGUGGGACCUGGUUUCCCACUUCUGGAAGCCUUCUCUCUGAGAAUAUUAAAUGCAAUCCAGUAUGGAAGUCUCCUCAAAAUGAAUAGAAAUUAAAUAUAUUCUUUUGCUUUCUGCUCCCUCUUUCCGUUCCUUUCGUAUUAUGUCAAUAACCUCCCAUUACUGGCCAUGUUUUCCAGGAGAUUGCCGUGUUGUGGCUUCCGAAUUCAGCAACAACAACAUUAUUAUUAUUAUUAUUUAUUGUUGUUGUUGUUCUUAUAUAUUUGUAUAUUUGUAACACAUAUUUGCAAUGUGCCACACAGUAAAAAUCAGUUAAAACAAAUGAUAGAUAAUUUAUUUCAGUCCUCUAAACAUAUCUUUCCUAUUCAGAAUAUAUAUAUAUAAAAGUAGGAUUAGUAAAUUACAUCUGAAUUCCAGCACAUACAGGAUACCAUUCAUUCACAGUGCCAAAUCAGAGAUGCUAAUUAGCUUAACGGUAUAUCUUCAUGCUGCAGGAGAAGAAAAUGCAGAUUCCAUAUACAAAGGGGCAGCAGGAGGUGCUAAGCGUCAGUGCUAACUGCUGAGGCACGAUGUCACCCUCCAGUUGGAAAAUCAUUCUAUUAAUCAGCAAAGUAUGCAUAGGCAAAUUCUGUGAAGGAUUCAUUUCUCAGCCAAUCAUUCACAGAACCUCAGUGAAGGAAUCUAAAACCACCAGAUCCCUAUUUUCUUAAUCACUCUUCACUCCAUAGUACAGUAAAAAUUUAACUCUUACCUUUUUUUAUGUUUUUUGGCCGUUUUAUAACCAGUUUUACAAUAAAAACUGCAUUUCAUAAUCUAAAAAUGUAGUGUUUUUUACCAGGGAAAAAUAUGGUCUAUAUAAAUGUUACUGGAUCGCAAGUAACUGCCAGAUCAGUCAUGCAGUGCAGUUGGACUGUAGGUUACAGAACUAGUAAUCUUUUGUGUAACCUUUACGGUAAAAGCACAGUAGUCUGCCCUCUGUUUAUUGUGGAGCUCUGGCUUGAUGUAGCUUGUUCUACAACAGUCUCAUAAAGAACUAUAGCAGGCAUCAACAUCACGGCAAAUUUUGACGACAUUGUGAUCAGAACUCAAUUUUUACCACGGACACGGUAUUUAAAACAUAGUGUACACAGCUUUUUAACCGCAGUCACGUUUGUCCUUGUAAGGACGGGCUCAUCAUCCCUGACUUAAACUCAAAACAAAUGUUCUUAGGAGCUGCUACGGCGGGGCGAAUGUGGCCUGAGGCUGGGUCUCCAGCUUCGCUCGCCUUGCGACCCAGUUCCAUCUGCCCACCCCCCACCCUCAUACACCUGAGAACCCAGACUGGCAGCGUCUUCGACAUUUUAAUGCGCAGACACGUGCUGGCAGCGCUGGAGUGCUGGACGUGGGGAUUAGGCCGGGCGCGGGAGGAGGUGCUCGUGGCCACAGCAUCUCAUGCACUCACACAAAUACUUCAGCGUCGGGGGCUGGCCCACUUAAAGAUGUUCUCGCACACACGCUCACUCUCGCACACACGCGCGCUCCUCCAAACACAGCAGAUAUUACACACAAUUGGAAACGUUUUAUCUUUGUUCCUUCCAACCUUCUCGCUCCCUCUCUUUCUCGCCCUUGGUCCUGAUUCAAUUUUCCGCUCUCUAUAUGCACACCCUCACACACUCGCCGCAGCAGACAUGCUGCCGGGCAGGUGCACGUAUGCGGCCGCAAACGCGCGCGCGGUAAGUCCUCUCUGUGCUGCCCUUUUGCGCCGUGUGUCAUUGUGACACACGCACAGCUGCGAGACGCGCAGACAAGCACGCCGGCGUCGUGGCGAACAGGAGAGGAGCCCGAUGGAGCGACAGGAGAAGGCGGCAGCGAGCUGGCAUGCAGGACGCUGAGCGAUUGGCACCUAGGAGCUGAGCUCUGCUGGCGGAUGAGCGCUUGAGUUUGUGUGCGGAGCGGCGAGAGAAACUCCUCGCAUCCCCUCUGGUCCGCUUCCUCCCCUCUGACAGGAGAGCCCUUCCUAUUGGCCCUUCAACCAUUACCCUCCAGACCCGGAGUUAACGGACUAUCUGAAGAUGGCUGAGCCCAGCUUCCCCAAAGGGGCUGUGGCGGCAGUUACGAAGCCCACUGGAGGCGGGAAUCAGAACAGCAGCUUCGCUUACGCGGGGGCCGAUGCAGUGUGGGACCUCAGUGGCAGUGGGGUGUGGCUGCUGGCUGCUGUGCUGCUUGUCAUCAUCGCAGUGACGGCGUGCGGCAACGUGCUGCUCAUCGGGCUGGUGCUGGCUCACCGCACGCUCCGCUGCACCUCCAACUGCUUCCUGGUGUCACUGUUCCUGUCUGACCUCAUGGUGGCGCUGGUGGUGAUGCCCCCGGCGGCGCUGAAUGCGCUGAGUGGUGCCUGGAUGCUCUGGCCGCCCUUCUGCCCCGUGUGGCUCUGCUUCGACAUCAUGUGCUGCAGCGCCUCCAUCCUCAACUUGUGCCUGAUCAGCCUGGACCGCUACCUGCUCAUCAUCUCGCCGCUGCGCUACAAGCAGCGCAUGACACCGCUGCGCGCCCUGCUGCUGCUGGCCGGGGCCUGGGCGCUGGCCGCGCUCACCUCCUUCCUGCCGAUCGAGAUGGGCUGGCACAGCCUGGGCCGUGCCGCCCUGCCGGAGCUGGGUGUCCUGCGCCUGGGUCUCACCCCCUGGAGCUCCAGCACCACGCCCGCCCAGUGCCGCCUCCGCGUCAGUCUGCCCUUCGCGCUGGUGGCAUCCUGCCUCACCUUCUUCCUGCCCUCGGCGGCCAUUUGCUUCACCUACUGCCGCAUCCUGCUGGCCGCGAGGCGCCAGGCCCGGCGCGUGGCCGCCCUGACACACCCCCACCACCUACACCAUUCCCCCGGGGGGGCAUCCCGCCCAGCCUCGCCUGCACAUGCCCCCGUGGAUGGAGACUACUGCAGCCACCAGGAGGUCCCUGCGGCUCGCCUGGCACAGUCUUCAGUGAGUCAGGAGCGCAGGUUGGCUCACCGGCAGGGCCGUCGCGCGCUGAAGGCCAGCCUCACCCUGGGGGUCCUGCUGGGGCUCUUCUUCAGCACCUGGCUGCCCUUCUUCAUCACCAACAUGGCACAGGCAGUUUGUGAGUGUGUGCCUCAUGCGCUCUUCGACGCCCUCACAUGGUUGGGUUACUGUAACAGCACCAUGAAUCCUAUCAUCUACCCACUCUUCAUGCGAGACUUCAAGCGUGCGCUGGCCCACCUGCUGCCUUGCUGCUCCUCCCAGCCCCCCCGCCGACCCUCACCACCCCUCUCCCUCUCUUUGCGCAACUCGGGGGAACCCCAGCUCCCCACGGAGCCCCCAUCUCUGACUUCAGACGCCCCUCAGCCCCCUGCUACAGCUACGGAUGCCGUCAACCUGGUCGAUGCAGAGCAUGCUCAGAACCAGCUGCCAUUACUCUUGCCUAAUCAGGUGGAUACGCUGGAUUGAAGGAGUGUGGGGAAAAACUAUGAAAGGAACAGAUGGAUUACAUGGAGCAGUGCUUCCCAAACUGGUCAUCGGGGACUACAGACAGUCCAUGUUUUUGCUCCUUCCCAGCUCCCUACCAAAAAUGUGGACCGUCUGACAGGGAACUGGGAAGGAGCAGGAAGCUGGACACUCUGAGGGUUCCUGAGGACUUGGUUGGGAAACACUGGCAUAGAAAAUCAGAGGGGGAGAAUAGGGCUUAUUUUGACGACACCACUGGAAUGACCGUGACUGCUCCUGGAAUGGCAAAUUAUUCAUAAAUCAAUUAUGUUUUUAAACCAUUUUCUUUUAUCCUCCACUACAUAGAAGCACCUCCAAUGCAUACAGAAAACAAGUAAAUGAUUCAUGUUGUUUUGUCUGUCUUGUUUUGUCUUGGCAAUGUCCUGGUUUAUUGGGAACUGUGUUGCUGAUGAAGGGCUCUCGUUCUGGAUCAGAUGCAAGUGUUAUUAAAAGAUACCAUUUACAGACCAUAGCAUAAAUUAUUAUGGAUGAGUUUGUGUUGCAUACAACACAUUAUAUCCUUGAUUUAAGAAAGUGUAACUAUUAAUGGACAUCUGUACCACAGAGAAGCCUGACUUCUAAUGAAAACCUGCUUUACAGAAAGUAAUAACUGCUACACAAAAUACUUGUAUCAUUUUAUGUAUUGAAUUUCACAUUCAACAUCUAUUUAAACAUAUUAAUGUAGGUCUAUUUUAUCUUGAUUUGCAUAGUACUGCUAAGCUUUUUGAGGAUGUAUAUAUAUGAAAUGUAUUAUCUCAUCUGUGUGUUUAAGUAAAUGACAGACACGUCAUUUAAAGAAUAAGUGACACUA